CCUCCAGCCUGCAGAGUUUUCCGUCCUGUGUCGGUAUAACAUCGUAAACGAGGACCACCUGACGGUAAGACCGGACUAAAUGGAAGCAGCGGAGGAAACUCUCACUUACCGAGAUGACACCUUACUUCACAGGAAGCUGCUCCCAGGGGACAAGCAUAAGGACAACACGGACAGUAAGGGCCACGCAGUCGAGACAAAAAGCGACGAGUCCAACUAUGUGGAUUUGGACAUGAAACCGGAGGGCGUAAAAACGGUGAAAGUGUCUUUCACUGGCGAGGGAAACCAGCUGUCUCUUAUAAAGCAUGGGGAGCAUGAUGAGAAGGGUAAAAUCAUUUCAGAGGACUUUGUUGAAGAGCAGUUACAGGACAAGCGGGACACCGACCCCGGGCCCGUUUCGGGUGAGCCUCCUGUGGAAACUCUGACCAAACUUCCCAACACCGAUCAGGACUCAGAGAAUGAGGAGCAGCGCCAGGCCGAGCUCGACCCGAGUGACUGCAGUGAACAUGUGUGCAGUGAGGGCGAUGAGCUCCAAUACACGGACAUGUAUCUGAACAGCAAGACGGAGUCUGAUGAUGGCACCAGCGCGGUGCUGUCCGACCACUGCGGCUCCGACACCGUGGAGGACGAGUCCCACUAUAUCACGACGCACGAAAUCCAGCUGACCGAGCUCGACCACGACGUAGAUUACGACCUUGGGCGAGGGACCUGCUGGGAUUUUGAAGACGACAACCUGGUUUAUUCAUUUGUGGAUUACGCGUCUUUUGAAAGUGAUGACACGCAGGAGGGGACUUUGAUACUGGAGGGCAGGAGCCAAGCAAAAGUGCAGUCUAAUCUUGGUGGAGCGGUUGUCAGCACCGAGCAGGAGGAUAGUGAUCUUUGUGACUCCGACAAGUGCGCCAGCUCAGAUGAAAGUAUGUGCAAAAACCACAGUGGAGACGUUAAUGCGGGGAAAAUUCAUUUAUCAAUAAAAACAUCCUCCAGGGCGGUGAACGAACCUGUCAACAUCUCUGACAACAGCACCCGUGGCUACACCAAACACUUUGGAGACGGGAGCCACUUUUCUUUUGUGAGCUCUGGCGCCAGAGUGGGGCCCUUGUGCGACAGAGCCCAAUAUUUCAUCCCUGCUCCGGGCCGUCAGCACCUUGCAUCCAAACUGAGACGGAAAGAUAUUAAUGAGUAUUCCAGCGGAGCGUCCAGCUCCAUCAGUGAGCUGGACGACGCUGACAAAGAGGUGCGUAAUUUAACCGCCAAGUCUUUCCGGAGCUUGGCAUGUCCAUACUUUGAUGCCAUUAAUCUUAGCACUUCUAGUGAGUCCUCCAUGUCGGAAUAUGGACUAAAUAACUGGUCCGCUUAUGUGGACUGGAAUUAUGGAAACAUAUCACGGGGAAGAGAGCGGCGCGUAAUUGCGCACAAGACUUCCAGCGCAACCUUGGAAAUGAAUAGGACUGUGGAUAAUAAGAGGCAUGGUAAGUCUGUUACCGGCACGAAAGCUCCACAAGCCAAAAUGUACGCACUGAACAAGAUAACAAGUUCUCAACGAUCAUCCUCUUCUAGCCAAAAGAUCGAACUGAAAGAUCCUGUUCAGUCAAAGCAGCGUGGAGUCACGCUAAAUUUCCGCUGUGUUGAGGCGCCUGAAGGCGCCAGACGUCCAAAAUGCUCCAGGAAAGCGCGACCCAAUGAGGUCACUGGAACCGUGUUGGCCAGGUCAGGGUGUGAGAUGCAUCACUCAGAUAGCUCGGGGGAUCCACACAAAAGAGCAGUUUUCGCAUCAAGUUUAUUGAAAAAUGUAAUUUCCAAAAAGAUGCAGUUCGAACAGGAGCGCAAGAUGGAGAGGGGUGAAAUCUGUGACACAUACCCAGCGCUCUCCCCGAGUUCUCAGCUCAAAGAUCCAGACAGGAGUCAAGGAAGAGGAUUACAAAGACAGACAUCAGACACAGGCUCAGGUCUGACUGUCAAUUCUGCUGAUGAUCAGCACCUGGAGGGCAGCAGACACAGUUACUGUGAGCCAGCAGAGGAGCAGAAAAGCAACAACGCACCAGAUGACUCAGAAAAGGAGCCUCAGAAAGCAUCGCUCAGCCACAGCCAAAGCAGUGCGUUUAACUCACUGAAAGAAGAGGAGCCAGAACCUGCAAAGGACCCUGAACCCACACCUGUAGCUGACACUCAAACCACAACAAAAGAAGGAUUAGACACCAGCAGCAUGUUGACAAAACUGCUUUUUGUUCCAAGCUGCCAGCGCCUUUCAAAAGAGCAGGAUUUUACAGAAGACCAGUCACCUGUCGCAGGCGCACCUGCAGGCCCACAGAAAUGUGAAAAAGAGUUCAAAACAGGCAACAAUGGAAACAUAGUGGGCAAAGAAGAAACCGAGAAGUGGGGAAAACCCCCUGAGAUAAAAAUACGCCUGAGGAGUGUGAAGGAAAAUAAAGGCUGUACACUGAAUAUCGCCAGCCUGUUAACCCCUAAAAUAAGUUUCAACUCUGUGAACACAUACAGGGCAGCAGGUGAAGCCAAAUGCCACAUCUUGUCUGCUGCAGAUAAAAUCCCAAACUUCACUGUUAGAGACAUUAGAGACACCAAAUGCAAGUUUCAAACACCAAUAUAUCAGGUCAGAGAUGUCCGUAAACUGGUAAAAAGUUCAUAUCGCUUUGUUUCAUUGGAAAAUAGUGAGAGUAAAUGUUCCACAGCAGCUGAUAAACCCGAGGCACCAAGAGAGCCGAUUAAGCAUGUAUCACCAUCUCCCAUUGUGAUUAAAUGUCACUCUGUAAAAACAAAUGUUAAACAACAGGCAGCUGAGGCGUCACAGAAACAACCAGAGGCUGGCAUCUCAUCAGAAACACCUCAAAGUGAAAACACACCAUCACACUGCACAACCAGUAGGGCGCCAUUUGUUGUAUCCAAGCAGCUACACCCUGAGCAGUCAGAUAUUCAGCCAAAUAUUGAAACCAAAAUGACAAAACAGAGGCAGGAGAAGUUUGUAGGCGACACGUCUGACAGGAGAAAUGAGCCAAAAAUACCCAAACAGGCUGCGUUAGAGAAGCUCAAAGCUGCGGUCAAAACAAUGGAGCAGCUUUAUGUUUUUGAUAGAAAUGAAUGGAAGCGCAAAACUCAACCUCCCCAACCAAUCACAGGCAGCCAUGUGUUGUCGCUUAUUGCUAGUGAGGAGCAAGGAGCAGAGGAGCAGGAGACUCCUCAGCCACAGGAAGAGAAGGGAGCUCAGACUAUCAUACAUGUUCCAUAUACCGACGACACGUUUAAAACACAAUCACAGCAAAGAAAAAUGUUCAGUAACAAAAGCGUCCUUCAUUUUGGCAAUAAGGCUUGUGUCAGCGUGUCAGUUAGCAACCCCGUUCCCCAAAGCUCUGCACCACAAACAUCAUCGACUAUGAAAAGCUCCACGACGCCGGUGGCUCCGCUGUCGGUGAAAAUAGAGCCCCCGAAACACGGCCAGGUGGAGCAGGGAAAGGUCAAAAUCAUUCCCACUAAUCCCACUGUCACACAGGCCUGCUCAGACUCUGAGAACUAUUUAACCAUACCGGGUCUCGGGUACACCAAUGAGAUCAAACUGCUGAAUCGAGAGCCAGUUUCAAGGGAGGUGAGUUCAAACCAAAUCAGAACAGGUGGCAGGAAGACACCUGAGCAGAAACGGUCUCCGUUAAUCAUGGAGUACCCAUCCUCAAGCAUCUACCAUCACUCAGGGGUGACAACGGGGCCUCCAGCACAGCCGCAGGUGUUGUGUUUCUCUCCAUCUGUCCCCACUGUGUCACCCACACCUUCUGCCGGAGAGGGAGUCCCACAGACCCAGCGCAAGAUGCUUUUGGACCCCACUACAGGACAUUAUUACCUGGUGGACACUCCCAUACAGGCCACCACAAAGAGACUAUUUGACCCUGAGACAGGCCAGUAUGUGGAUGUACCCAUGCCCCAAUCUCCCGUGGCACCUGUCACCCCUGUCACCCCUGUGCCUCUCUCUUUGUCCCCCCUGGCCCUGAACCCAGGAGCAUAUGCCCCCACCUACAUGAUCUACCCAGGCUUCAUCCCCUCACCCACUCUGCCAGCCCAGGCGGUGUUGCCUCAGUCGCCAUGUCUUUCUGAGGAUGCAGGUGGAGAAAAGAUUAAAAACGCCAGAAGCCCCAAGCCAGAAUCGAAUGCAGCAGGCGCAGAGAGUGCGUAUUACAGCGCAACAGGUGAGGCUCCACAAAGGUCGCUGCAGCUUCCUGUAAGUUUGGGACAUGUGACCGCCAGAGGAGGUGCAGCCAGCUCUGACAGGAAGCCAGUUAUCAGCAUCACGACGCAACAAGGUCCAAGAAUCAUCGCACCACCCUCCUUUGAUGGAACAACAAUGAGCUUUGUAGUGGAGCAUCGGUGACCAAGGAAACAUCUCAUCACACAUACAUCUCCACUGAAGAAUCUGCCUUCAUUCACCGUUAAGUGCAGUUAUCGCCACUCCCACCUGUGAUCUACCCCCCAGGACAACUUCCACCGACAACAAUUUCUAUCCCCACUCUGUGCUGUAUCCUUGCAGCAGACGUUACCGUAAUCUGUUGUAGUGCAAAGCCACAUUAAGCCACAUCCUCUGGCUGAUGCUCUGCCAUGUUGCUAUAUGAAUCUGCUUUGUAAUACUUUCCAUUCAGCUGCUGUCUAGAAUUUUUGAAAUGCUGUUUGAGCCCCGCAACAUGUCUAUUCAAAAGGAAACGAGGCAGGCCUUCUGUUACAGUUCAGUGUUAAUCAUUCAUUCAUUAUCAUGAAUUUAAUGUUACCAUGUCUUAAAGAGAGACUAUGUAACUUUUGAAAGAAAAUAAAACACUUUCUUUUUUUAAGGAUGAAAAGUUGAACUCAUAAACAAUAAAAUACAACCUUACUGAGGAAAAACACUCAGGGGAUUUGCUGCUAAGACCUCUGUUGAUCUGUUAUGACCAUAUUAGCUGAUAUCAUAGCUGAUAGAUAUUUCUGUGUAACUGACGUCAGUUUUGCUGACUUUACACCUCCAGUUGUGCUGCUGUUACACUCCAUUUUAGGACUUCAUAGAUAAAUGUUUCAGUGGUAUAUCCCAGUGGCCCAAUGAGGUUCUGCAACAGAAAAAUCAUUAAACCCCAAAAAUACUUUCCACAUAAACCGCCAUUACUAAAGAGACAUCGAUAAAACUCCCACUUCCUGAAGAGUUUUAAGUGCAUCUCGGACAAAGCUUGGGCCUACAUUCAAAGACUCCUUUGCAGAAGCCACUGCAUGAAGUUGUGUCUGUGGUAGCAACCAAAAAAUCCCCCGGUGGGCAGCAUUGGGUAUCAGGAGGCCAGAAGGACUGGAGCUCCUGUGGUCACAGUUGCAAAAACUGUCAGAUGACUCUGGUAGGCGAGGCAGGGUUUAGCCCAGACUGUUUUCAACUCCUGAACUGGACUGACACAUCCUUCAUAGAGGAGGCAGAGCUGGAAGGCCUUGGGGAAAGCCUUGUCCAAUUCAUUAGUGAAGGUCAUGGAGGUUGUCAAAAAGCUCAGCAGUGAAGGAUGCAAGGGUUGGAUACGAUUUGCAGCUUGAAGGUUCUGGACAUUGUGGGGGUGUCUUGAGCAAUAUGCCUCCUUAAUGUCACAUAAGGGUCAGGGUCAGUGCCUGUGGGCUGGUAGACCAGGUUGGUGGUUUCCGUUUAAAAAAGCGGGAACCGGAGGGUAUGCUCCAGUUAUUAGGGUAUCACAGUCCUCAACUUUCCUGGGAAAACUUAUGCCAGGGCACUGGAAAGGAUGCUAAGGCCGAACCUUUGGUCCAGGAAAUGCUAUGCAAAUUCCUUCCUUGUGGUGGAACUCUUUACCCCUGCAAAGAUACUGGAGGGCUCAUGGGAGUUUGUCCAUCCACUCUACUUGUAUUUUGUGGAUUUGUACUUGUGACCAUUUCCCCUGGGGUACUGUAUCGUGUGUUACUGUGGGACUACAGGGUACCAGGGACAUUAUUAUGAGGCAUUCAGUCCUUUUAUAACCAUAGUGAGAGCUGUGUGAACAUUUGGGCUCUCAGCAGGCAUUGGGCUAUGCCAGAUUUGUGCCACGUCAUGAAUUCAGUCUGUGAUGAUUUUCAUGGACAUAAUUUCCAUUCACAGUUUAGAUGUGGAGAGUGUCUGUUAUGUUGGCCUGAGGACUGCAUCCCUGCUUUUCAGCUGAUGAUGUGAUUCUGCUGGCUGUGUCAGACCAUGACUUCCAGUGGGCAGUCGGAUAAUUUAUUGCCAGGUGUAAAGCAGCAAGGAUGAGGGUCAGCAAUUCCAAGUCUGAUGCCAUGGUGAGUCAUUGUCUUAAAUGAAGGACUUUAAGCAUCUUGGGGAUGCCUUGAAAGAAGAGUUCGGGUAAGAUGGAGUUGGAUAUUGACAGGCAGAUUGGUGUCAUGUCAGCAGUAAUGCAGAUGCUGUACCAGACUGUUGUGGUGAAGAGAAAGCUGAGCCUGAAGGUGACGUUCUCCAUUCACCACUUGAUCUACGUUCCAACCCUCAUCUUUAGUCGUUACCUUCGGUUAAUGACUGAAAGAAUAAUAUGGCACACACAAGCCACCAAAAUGAGUUUCCUUCACAGGGUGGCUGGGAGCACCCUUAAGGCCCAGACACACAAAACCUACAUCAAAGAACUGGUGGUGACAAAGGCCAACUGUGUGUCGCCUUGUGUCUCCUCUGUCUCAGAGAAAAAGAAACACCUGAACACACCUCACAGACUACAGCCAGCAGCCAGCUAGCACAUACGUUCUGCACCUGUGUGACAGGAAAUAACUCCAUACCAGCAGGUGGUGGUCUGUAUAUGUCAUCCAAAAAGGGAAACUAUAACACUGGCAGUUAAGACGCUAGUUAGCACAUUAGUAACACAACCUGAUGUUGAAAGAACAAAGCAUAUUUGUCCCGCACAAACGAACAAUUACAUGAACAACUACGAACCAUUUCUGCCGAAGAGCUCAACAGCUUACCCAAUGAUAUUACAAGUUUGACCUCAUGCUCUCUUGACUUCCUCACUUCAGUUUGUCUUCUGGUGCACUUCUAGGGCGACAGAUGCACACUUGACGACCCGACAUUAAUCAAUGGCCAACUAUUGGCUUGGUGUGUCAGGGCCCUCUGGGAGGGUGAUACGCUCAGACAUCUGAAUGACCUUGGAGUAGGAGUGCUGCUCCUUCGUGUUGAAAGGAGUAAGCUGAGGUGGUCUGGGAGUAUGAUUUGGAUGCCUACAACACCUGCGGAGGUAUUCCCGACACGGGAUACACUGGAGGCUUUACAUAUCUGGCCUGGGACUGCCUCAAGUUCCACCAGGAAAAUUAUGGGCUGCUUAGCUUGCCACCACCCUGACCCAAACCAGAUCAGGAGUGGAGGAUGGAUGGGUGGAUGGAUGGAUGGAUGGAUGGGUGGAUGGAUGGAUGGAUGGAUGGAUGGAUGGAUGGAUGGAUGGAUGGAUGGGAGCAACCAACAGAGCACUCUCAGAUAUUGGGAAAGGGGAAUUUAAUGUGAAUCGUCCUGUAAUUGCUGCUUGUGGCCACAGUGGCCGCUGUUAAUCAAGAGUUACAUAGUCUUGCUUUAAUUCAGACAUUAAGAUCAUUUCUUACGGUUAAUACAACCUGUUUUAUUUUACACUGUUUUCUGAGGACAGGGACCAUUUUUCGGCACUGAAUUUUGUUUUAAUAAAAGCAGAUUUAUGGAUGGUGUUGAAUCAACCCAAGUUCAGUCAGAGGAAUUAAAAUUAUUGAAAUUAAAACAAUAUAUUUUGAAGAUGUCCCAAGUAAAUCGUAAAUACCUGACAUUGCUAUGUAUCAUAGUAGUGCUCUCAAACACUAGUUUUUCCACGUUUACAAUAACAUUUCUAUAUUUGUUAAGGGUAGGUGGCUCAUGUUCUACUUGAAGUAUGUUUAACCUCUGUGCUGUGCCUCACAAAAUGCUGCUAAUACCUUUGAAGUGGUGUAUGUUUGUGUUUUAAAAGCACUUUCUUCUCAUGUAGGACAAAGGAAAAAAAACACACUAAGUGUGUUGCUCAGAUGAAGCAGAGCUGGGUCUCUGGUUUAACAGUGUACUUAGGUCAGUAAUUCCUAAGUACUGUUGGGCCUAAAGAGUCAGAGCCAGCAGAGAUAUUUAGGGGAUAACUUCCUCUAUUGGCUUUGGUUUAUUUUACACGUUUGUGUAGCGCGAUGGGAGUUGGUGCAUCUGAAUGUGUUCGUGUUUGUGGCUGUGAGUCAUGUAUGGCAUUUCAGUAUUCUGUGAGCGUACAACAAGGAGUCAUGUUACUUCACUGUAGACGGGAGCGCACAGGCCGCACAUGUGUUGGGUGUGUCUUUACACUUUACAGACAGCAAUGUCAGGUUCUGUUUUCUAACCUCUUUGACCUCUCUAGUUAAGAUAUGUAUGAAUUCAUUAAAAUGACAUAACAGCUGCUAACAUCCAUUUUACUGCUCUCUAAAGUUAUUUUUUUUUACGUCCUGUUUCCUUUUGAAUAUGCAGCGGGGCAUCAUAGGUCAUUGUGCUAUACUUGACUCAGUUAUACCAGCAUCACGUGUAGAGAUAAUGCAAACUGUAGAUUGCAAAUUUUAGCAUGUUUCAAAUCUGAACACACAUUAAAGGUAUUUGGAGCUGCUGGUCA